CACACCCAUCCCCCAGUCAUCUCCCCUUCCCACUCGAGGAGUCUACAGGGCAACCAAGGAAACCUCACCCCAUGUUUGGAAAUGUUUACUGUCGUGCGUUGCCUGUCUAGAAACCGCUAGAACGUGCUCCAGAGAAUACCCUCUCCAUCGACGGUGUUAAACAGUUGUAACUCCUUUCAACAGUCACUUUCAUUGUUCACCGGGAUGGCUCAAGCUAAGAUCCAGGCAAAAAUGAACGACGCCGCUAAGGGAGGUUUGUUCAGCAGAUCCAUGUCAAUGGCUGACCGUUCUGGUCGACUACUGGAAAGCCUGGACCAGCUCGAGCUGAGGGUGGAAGAACUGAGAGAGGCAGCCUCGGCAAUGGAGCUGGAGAAGACGUGCUUAUUGGAGAUGAUCACCUCCAUUCAGAACAGUCAGGAAAUGCAAAGCAUCUGUGACGGCGAAAGAGAGGAGCUGACAUUGACGGCCAAUCGCCUCAUGGGGAGGACCCUGACAGUCCACGUUUCCGUGGACACCGUGCGCAACCCGCAGCAACAGGACGCGAUGCAAAAAGUGAUGGCGCUUAUUGAUGAAAUCGCCGCCAAAUUGCUGAACGACAUGGAGAGCGCACGGAAGAGACUGAUGGCUCUGCACGCCGCCUGCGUGUCGGACGCCACUGUGGCCGCCGACCAGAAGUUCCAGGCGAUGGUGAUCAGCUGCGCUCUGGAGGAUCAGAAGAAGAUUAAGAAGCGCCUGGAGAGCCUCAUUCGGAACAUUGACAAUUCCGAAAAAACGAUAAAGAUUAUGGAUAACCAGAAGGUGGAGGACGCGGACAACGCACAAGCCAAUGGAAAAUAGUUACAGAGACCACUUAAUUAUGUUAAAAACCCAUCAUUUAGUGUUUUCAAAUCAAAUGCACCCUUUCACUCUGCACAAACAUCUAGUCCCUAUAGUUUUUUUUUCCAAUAUGCGACGUCACACCAUCCGUCAACAUAGAACUACGAGAACAUUCCAGUGUAACGAUUAGACUUUUAAUAGCCACAAAUCGGAGCGUCAUGGCCUGUUGGGCAUCGUCAAUUAGUAGCCUGGGAACUCCCAUACUGCCUUUAGUUCUACACAAUCGUUUCGAUCUGAAAGACAAAUCUCAGUUGUGAUUAGGUCUGGUGUUAACCAGGCAAGUCAAUUAGAGGGUGGGUGAGGGAAUAACGUUCUGUAUGAUGCUGUUCUCAGGAGGGCACAAAGUAGAGAUCUGUCGAUGAUUGAAAUUAUGGCCCAAAUAAGCCGCCGUGGGGACGGCUACAAAUUGUCCUAACCGCCUGUGCCUAUUCAAUUUCUGCUUGCCAAGAGAAGCUGAAAAUAAUCUAUGGUAUUUUACACUGUUGGGAGAAACCCCAUUAGCUUUUAACACACUACUGUUGUUUCUUUCUCCCCUUCCUGGGGUGUUGCAUCCUGUGAAUGAAAAAAGACAUGAAAAUGGCACUGAUACAAUAAACAAAUUAUUGACAAAUUUG